AAGAGGAGAGAGAAAAUAUCGAUUUACGGCAAGAAAAGCAGAGGAUUAUAAAGGAAGAGGCCUCUAUAUGCGCAGUCUGUGUUUACGAUAGGGAAAAUUAGCGUGUGUAGAGUGUUGCGUGAACAUACAUGCAGCUGUCUGUUUCUGACCAGUAAAACGGUGACUGAAAUUGGUGCCGGCGAGGGAGGACACGCCAAACACACAGAAGAUGCUGUGAUACGCUACUUGCAGGGAGAGAAGAGAGGGAGGGGGCGAGGGCGCCACGGUAAAGAUGCUUGUUUUGCAAGGAACACAUCUUUCCUCUAAGAAAUGUGCUACGUUGUGGCUACAGGACGAAACGUAUCAUUUCGUGUUACAAAGAAACUUUAAAAUGAUUAGAUUUUGACAGACGCUGAUAGACUGGAUAGACGUGGGCUAGGCUAACCCGGAUCAGGAGCAUUCGAAGCUAUUUGAAUACAUGCAGUUCCACCUGUGAUGCAGGCCUUACCCAGUAAAUACCAUCUGUAAUAGCUACUCUGGGCGAGAACAGCGCCUACCUGACUAAUAUGCCAUUUAAAUGCAUCGAUUGAGCAAUUUAGUGAUAUUGCAUCUAUUUAACAGAUUAUAUUGAUAUUGGUAUAAUUGUAAUAGUGAUAAUGUGUCUAUCACACUAAAUCCUAUUUAGAUGAUCGUAACGUUAUGGACCAAUACUUACAAUACAAUAGUAACUCAGCACGUAGAUUCUGACAGGAAGGUCGAACUGUUUUAUAGGUCCUGUCGUAUUUCUAUUCUCAAUAGGUGUCACCAUUUUUUUCUUAUGUUUGUGACUGUGCUCCUCCUGAUAUUCUACCUCUCCUUCGUCAAUUUAAAUGUCGUUAUAGAUGUCCGCUUUACUUAGAAGCGAUCCCAAACGUAGAGAAAACUAUUAUAUUGACAUCAAUUUAGCCAUUGGUUAACAAUGUUCCGGUACCCACAAGUUGUAUUUCGGAACAAAUUUCACCUUUACCUCUAGAGUACAUGUAUGUACAACUCCUACCUGUCUCAGAGAAUCCUGCAUUUCAGCUGUCAUUUCAGUCGUUGUUUAGAGGCGUGUAUUCGUAUUUCAUGAUAUCUUGUAUAUUUAUUGCAUAGUAAUCACAUACGUUGCGUCCAGUACGUUAGUACUAGUAUUAGUGUAGUAGUGUGUAGUAGUAGUAGUAGUAGUGUAUUAGUGGAUAGUUAGAGCAGUAUGAGUAAGGAACUGUCAUUGAGUCAGUCAGCUCAAUAUGUUGGGCCAUACCGACUGGAGAAGACACUCGGCAAGGGACAGACAGGUCUGGUCAAGCUUGGGGUGCACUGCAUCACAGGCCAGAAGGUGGCCAUCAAGAUAGUGAACCGAGAGAAGCUGUCUGAGUCUGUUCUGAUGAAGGUGGAGAGGGAGAUUGCCAUUCUUAAACUGAUUGAGCAUCCUCAUGUGUUGAAGCUACAUGAUGUUUAUGAGAAUAACAAAUACCUGUACCUGGUGCUGGAGCACGUGUCUGGAGGAGAGCUGUUUGACUACCUUGUGAAGAAAGGCAGGCUGACUCCGAAGGAGGCCCGGAAGUUUUUCAGACAGAUCAUCUCUGCUCUGGACUUCUGCCACAGUCACUCCAUCUGCCACAGAGACCUGAAGCCAGAGAACCUGCUGCUGGAUGAGAAGAGCAACAUCAGGAUCGCAGACUUCGGCAUGGCCUCCCUACAGGUGGGAGACAGUCUGCUGGAGACCAGCUGUGGAUCCCCACACUACGCGUGUCCAGAGGUGAUCCGGGGUGAAAAGUACGAUGGACGGAGAGCAGACGUGUGGAGUUGUGGAGUCAUUCUCUUCGCUCUGCUGGUGGGGGCGCUGCCGUUUGACCAUGACAACCUGCGCCAGCUGCUGGAGAAGGUGAAGAGUGGGGUGUUCCACAUGCCCCACUUCAUCCCCCCCGACUGCCAAGCGCUGCUCAGGGGCAUGAUUGAGGUCUGCCCGGACAAGAGACUCACGCUAGAGGCCAUUCAGAAGCACACCUGGUAUCAGGGGGGCCGUAACGAGCCGUGUCCGGAGCAGCCCCCUCCCCGGCGCGUGUGUGUGGGCCGCGUCCUGUCCCUGGCUGAGCUGGACCCUGACGUGCUGGACAGUAUGCACUCCCUGGGCUGCUUCAGGGACCGCAGCAAGCUGACCAGAGACCUGCAGAGUGACGAGGACAACCAAGAGAAGAUGAUCUACUACCUGCUGCUUGACAGGAAGGAGCGUUACCCCAGCUACGAGGACGAGGAUCUGCCUCCACGUAAUGACGUGGCUGACCCCCCCCGGAAGCGUGUGGACUCCCCCAUGCUGACGCGUCAUGGUCGCUGCCGGCCGGAGAGGAAGAGCCUGGAGGUGCUGAGCGUCACGGAGCAGGGGUCUCCCACCCCGCCUCGCAGGGCCCUGGACACCGCACACAGCCAGAGGUCUCGGUCGGUCAGCGGGGCCUCCACCGGCCUGUCCUCCAGCCCGCUCACCAGCCCCAGGUCCUAUCAGAGCCCUGUCUUCACCUUCAGCCAAUCAGACGUCACCUCCGCCACCUCCCACCCCAAGGACACGCCCAGACCAGGGAGUUCCACCGCGCCCCGCCCCGCCCGCGCCACGGAGAAGCUCAAGCACCCCCAGAACCCCAAAACCCAGACCCUGCCCACCAAGGGCCCCUCCGAACGCCCCCACCUCCAGCCCAUCAAGUCCCUCCCCCUCCACAACUCCCCCUCCCGCUCCCCCUCGCCCCUCCUCUCCCCCAUCCCUCGCCUGUUUUUCUUCCCUUCUCCGUCCGUCCUCAAGUCUGUCACUAAGAGCUUCUAUUCCAACUCUGGUCACUCUGUGUCACAGGUCACCCCGCAGGGUUCCCCCCUGCCCACGCCCCUGGGCACCCCCGUCCACCAUCCCCACCACCCCUCCUCCACCCCGCCCUCCUCCUCCUCCUCCUCCUCUUCCUCGCGGGCAGAGGGAGGGGGCGUGGGCUCUCUCUCCCUCACCCCGCCCUCCAGCCCAGGAGGGGGCGGCGGCAUGGCCGCCAGUAGCUCCGCCCACUGGAGGACACGCCUCAACUCCUUCAAGAACAACCUGCUGGGGUCGCCGAGGUUCCACCGGCGCAAGCUGCAGGUUCCUACUUCUGAAGACAUGUCCAGUCUGACCCCGGAGUCUAGUCCUGAGCUGGCUAAGAAGUCGUGGUUCGGGAACUUCAUCAGCCUGGAGAAGGAGGAGCAGAUCUUCGUUAUGAUCAGAGACAAACCUCUGAGCUCCGUCAAAGCUGACAUCGUCCACGCCUUCCUGUCUAUCCCCUCUCUCAGUCACAGUGUCAUCUCCCAGACCAGUUUCCGGGCAGAGUACAAGACCUCUGGCGGCCCGUCGGUCUUCCAGAAGCCGGUCAAGUUCCAGGUGGACAUCGCCUUCUCUGAGGGCGAGCGGGAGAGGGAGCGGGAGAGGGAGGGCAAGAGAGAGUCGGGUAUCUACAGCGUGACCUUCACCCUCAUAUCAGGUCCUAGUCGCAGGUUUAAACGAGUGGUGGAGACGAUCCAGGCCCAGCUUCUGAGCUCUCACGAUCAGCCAAUGGCGCAGGCCCUCUCCGACGAGAAGAACGGCCGUCCCCACGGGACCCCCACCCGCCAGAACUCCCGCCGUUCCGAGGGUGGGGGCGACCGAUGUGAGUGGGGUGAGCGAGCGGACGGAGCGGGGAUCGGAGGCAGCGGUGGUGUCCUCCAGCGCCGGGGCUCCGGGAAGGAGAGGACACGCCUUCUGUCCUCCAACGGGACCCAAUCCCAGCCCUAGGACCCAGCC